AUGCCUUCGACCACCUGGAAUCCGGAUACAGACAUCCCUUCUCUAGCAGGCAAAAUCAUCUUGAUAACGGGCGGGACUUCUGGUCUCGGAUCGAACGCGAUAGUAGAAUUCGCCAAACACUCUCCUGAUCACAUUGUAUUCACGGGACGAAAUCAACAGGCCGCAGAUGCUUUGAUCGAAAAGGUUUCAAAGGACAAUCCAUCAGUCCAGCUCACGUUUAUCAAAUGUGAGAUUUCCUCAUUCGACUCGGUGCGAGAAGUCGCUAAGGCCUUCAAGUCACAAUUCGACAAACUAGAUAUCCUCAUGCUCAAUGCAGGAAUCAUGGCUAGGCCUCCAGGUCUGUCCAAAGAUGGAUAUGAGAUUCAAUUCGCUACGAACUUCCUCGGUCACGCCCUCCUGAUGAAGCUUCUCAUGCCCAUUCUCGAAUCCACAGCAGCAGAGCCGGACGCAGAUGUUCGGAUCAUACAGCUUUCAUCGAUCGCGUACACCACAGCACCGUCGGAAGGCAUAAAGCUGUCAACUCUGAAGACCGAUCAGGAAGGCCUGGGCCCCUUCAACAUGUUAGGUCAUCGAUGGGCUCGCUAUGGCCAGAGCAAACUCGCACAACUCGUGUACGCCAAAGAGCUUGCGAAGCACCAUCCGAGCAUCACCUCAGUUGCAGUCCAUCCUGGCGUCAUCUAUGGCACCAAUCUCUGGGAAGAUCUUCCAGGGUGGACCCGCGUCCCUGUCAGCCUCAUCAGUAGGUUGAGGGGAUGGCGAGUCCCUCUUGAGCAAGGCCAUUGGAACCAGGUCUGGGCUGCAACAUGUCCGAAAGACCAAUUGAAGAACGGUGCAUUUUAUGCACCUUUCUGCCAGUUGACGAAGACGACCACGCGGCCGGCGAACGAUGAAAAGUUAGCUGAACAGUUGUGGGAGUGGACUGAGGAAGAGAUUGCUGGGGCUGUGAAAGGACAGUGA